CUUAUCCAACCACUGUACGACACACGACAACCACCAGAAAAACCACCAUGGCGUCUCUGUCCGUGUCGCUAACCCCCGCUCUCGGAGAGGACGAAAAAGAUGCGAGGGCAAACCUUGUUUCGAAAAACGGAGGGGACAAGAAGAAGAGCAUCCGGAAACGCCUCGGYCUCUCCUCGAAGACAAAGAGAGACAGCAAAAACAAGAGCAGCCGGARCACUAGCAAACAAGCGAGCGGCGACAACAACAACAACAACCCCAGCAGCACCAGCAGCAUCCUGGUGGACCUGAACGASUCGUCGUCCUCGUCCCUGGCCUCUUCCCGGGACGGCGCGAGUGCGAGUGCGAGCGGCACCAAGAUCGAUGGGGCCGCCGCCGCUUCCAUUGCCACCGGYGGGGCCGGAAAGUCCUCCAAGCGGGGUGGCCGGGACGAAAAGAGGGGCUCCCGCAUCGGCAGGGUGGUCCGGUCCCUCUCGAGGUCCAGGUCCUCCCGGCACAAGCGGGACUCCCGCCCGGGCGGAGACGGAUCCGACACGGACGCCUCCUCGGACCAAUCCUCCUCGUCGGAGGGACGCCGAAACCGUGCCACCGUGGUGACGGUCACUUCCUGCCGCUCCGACGGCUACUACAACCAAAAGGCGCCCGGGUCCACCUCSAAGCUCCCCCGCAAGGCGCCCACCAACCUCAAGCUCUUUCACGAGCUGGCGGUGGGACUCAAGGACGCCUUCACGGCGGUGGGACAGACCCCGACCAAGCCACAGAAGGAGGAGGAGAUCACCGACGAGGCGACGGGAGAAACGAAAACCGUGACCGUCAUGACCGACGAGGAAUUCGCCGGCCGGACCAUUCUCUGGGAUUUCAUGGGGAACAUCGACUUUGUAAGUCCGACCUCGUCUCGUCUUGUGUCGCAUUGGAGUGCGGUGUGUUGCGUUGUGUUGUGUUGUGUUUGCUUUGAUGCAUUGGUGACGCGCUUUUGGUGCCUCGUUUGCAACUCCCGUGGGUCCGGUUUGUUUCUCAGCCGCUUGUUUGUGCUUGGAUUUCCCUCUCUCUCUCUCUCUCUCUCUCUCUCUCUCUCUCUCUCUUUCGGACUGCCCCACCGCAGCUGCUGGCACUGGUCGACGAGGUUGCCGUAGACACCGCCACUCGUGGAGCGCUCAAGGACGAUACCACCUUUAAGGGACUGAGAGACGUCAUCAAGAAAUGCAACAAAGUCUUGGAAGACAUGCUCGUGAGGCGAGAACGCCGGUAUACCCUCUUUUUCCGGCUGCCCCGACCGACGGAGGCGCGCGACAUGGAUCGCAUCAAAAACUGGAACGAAAAGGUAGAACGAGCCGUCGGGGCCGUSACGGAAUCCAACAAAGCCACCAGCGGCAGCAACAAUGGCAGCGGGAAAAACCAGUCGUCGGAUUCGGACAGCGACGUCUCUAGCAUUGCUGGUUCUUCCGUCGUGAGCAACACCAGCAGCAAGGGGAGCGUCUUUUCAAGGGGUCGACAGUUGCUGCCGGUGGCGGGACGAGUGCGAUCGCGCCGAGCGACACCGACACCGAAGCUGCGAAAACGGGCSGUGUCGAAGGAGCAGGAAAUGGACAGCAACGGGAAUGCGGCGGAAGAUGGAUUCGCGGCGGCCUCCCCCGUCACCCAGGGAAACCUGGCGGCCCUCCAGCGGUCCUUUCAAACCUCGGGAUCGACCCCCAUUGCCAUCCAGGACAACGCCGAGCAAAACUCCUUCGGUGUCCAACAGACCCAGCAGCAACUCGUGUCCCAGGCUCCGGUCAUCCAGCCCAAGGACGAACUGGUCGACGUCAUCCGAGGCCUCCGGAUGGAAAAAAUACAGCACCGGGAGUCCUCGACCGACUCGGAUCUAACGGCACUCAAACCGGACUGGCGGCCCAAGGCAGAAAUCCCCUCUUCCGUUCCAAAGCUGCCUACCGAGUACAUWCACCGCCACCGUCUCAUGAAACAAGUCGUGAGUUGCCUCCUGGAACUAAACGGAGCGGGACCCCGCGACACGGACGAGGAGUGCAAGACGGAACAGAACCCCAUCGUCACCUCCAUCACAUCGCGCCACGGCGACAAGGCCGGGAACGGCAAGACCAUUUUGGCGGUGGCCGCCAUUCAAACGGUCGAGGUUCGCGAACGCUUCACGGAUGGAAUCGCCUGGAUUCAUUUGGGAAGGGGACCACUGCUGGAUAGAGACAUUCGCCGGCUGUACGAAGAGCUGUAUCGACAGCUCGUCGUCAAAACAACGGACGACAGCCUGCUYGGCACCGAUUACGACUUUUUGGAGGACGAAAACGACAACGGCAACAAGAUUGGGGGGGCRCGCUCGAGCUCGAGAGGAUCGAGUUUCGAUGCCAACGAGGCCAAGAGCAACAACAAYAAUGCAAAGGACGAAAGCAAGCGCCAGAGGCUGGCGACCCUGGCCGAAACGCGCCGGAGGUUUCAGGGAGGUGACCUGGACGGAAUCAAAGAGGACCUCGGACGACUGCUGGCCAAGAAGAAGGUGUUGAUUUGUCUGGAYGAUGUCUGGAGGGUCGAAGACGCCAAGUGGUUCAUCUUUGACAACCAAAUGCUGAACCGGUCCAACAAGGCCAAGAAAAAACGGAGGAGCAACUCCGAMYCCCUUGUCGAGGACGACGAAUACCACAGCCGGAUACUGAUGACCACCAGGACUCCCAAUCUGCUCGGUCCGGGUCUGGUYCAAGAGGUAUUUGUUCGGAUCUUGUCCGAGACGGAGGCCGUGAAGCUUCUCUUGUCGACCGCCGGGCGCCGUCCCUAUGGAGGRAAAAAUUCGACYGUCUUUCACCAGGCCAAGCUGAUCGUCAARGGGUGCGGAAAUUCUCCCCUCGCGGUACGAGUUUCCGGRAGCAUGCUCCGCCACAGCAACCGCAGCUGGAACAUCAACUCCCCCUCUUGGUCGGCCCUGAUUCAUCAGUGCCGGUUGAAUCUAGAGGAAGCCUCUCAACUGAGAAGUUUUGUGAAUGCCGUAAACCGUGUCGUAGAUUUGUCGUUCUUCACCGUGGCCGAUGUCCACACGCGCAUCGCAUUGCGGCGUUGUUUUGUUGCCUUUGCCAUGGCGUUCCGUGAUAACGACUGGAUGCUAUCGGGCCGGGGCGUUCCCCAUUCMGUGGUCUUGAGACUUUUCAAAACGAUAAUUUCUUCGGACGAGGCCUCCAAGGACGUUUCCCCCGGCGCCAUUGUCACGAUGCUCCAAAAUCUGAAUCUCAUGGAGCACGCCCGCCACGGWGUGGCUUCCAGAGCCCUGACCGCCGCCCAAAAACUCUCUCUGGCAAGGAAACAAAACAGGGCAUCCUCGAACGACAACGAUUCCGAUUCGGACUGGGACGACGAGGACGAGGCGCAGAUUCACAAGGCCCAGCAGUCCUGGGUCAUGCACGAGUCGCUGAAGUCGGUAGCAGAGGAAAUGGCCAAGCGAUCGACCCCGUGUCUUUCUCCGGAUACGGACGAUUUUACUUCCUUYUCCGGAAAGAUCGAAGACGAGAGAAAGAUCUGUACCGAAUCUAGCACACUGUGGCAAACUCCCCUCAGGUUYUUCGUGCAGCAACUUUCCAACGGAUCGACCCCGCUCACGGGCUUCCAGGGCAACGAAGCGCACAAGAUUGUGCUGACAUCGUUGUUGGAAGUGGGUGACGGAAUGACGAAUUCAACGUCCAUUGURGAYACUCUCAGAGAAUCCCAGAUCGACGUUGCCGUAAUACCGGGAGGUGACAAGAUGGAGGAGUACAUUGUAACCUUUUUYCCGGGUCACUUGAUCCGUUGUGAGAUCUACUCUACGGCGGCAGAGGUGUUGUCUGAUCCUCACUUCAUUGGCAGGAGGGCCAACGCUCUGGGCAUUGUCGAGGCAACCAGCCGACAAGUUGCGGACCUCCAGGAGCUUCGUCGCCUGGCGGGAAAUGCUACUCUGACCAUCUCGAGAAAAUCCACAAAGGAGGGUGSACGUGGCAAGGCRGUUCCCACGAAGGUAGACGUCAACUCGAUCGUCCGAGAGGGUUCGCGCAUCAUCAUUGACGAGAUUUCCCGGGUUGCCAACAAGAACGAGAGCAAACCAGAUUCUCUGGGCAUGGCGAUGUGUUUUGCGGCGGUUGGAGAAGGUCUAAUGAAGUCGCGACAGCCGCGCGAUGCGAUGCUGAGGCUGGAAGAAGCAGUUGGUCUGUACAAGGAAUUACUGGGAGCGUACAACACUAGGGUGAGUCUUGUCGCGGGCCUGGCCCUCUUCAGUUGUUUCGUUCCAUUGCGUGUGUCAGGUGACACACGAAAAGCCAUCAAGUGCCGUCGAACAUCGCUUACAUUUUGUACUUCUGUCUAUUGUAUCUGCUCCUUWUGUAGGUUGCCAACGCGCUGCAAACUGCGGCAAGGGCAUUGGUAAAACUAUCKGAGCCAAGGAUUGCUCUGAUAAAGUUCGCAGAAGCUGCAAGAAUAUACGAAUCUUGCAACGCUACCCUGCACUACAAUUCUAUUGCCAAUGCUCAGAGUUUGGCCUCGCUCUUGGUUGACCUCGGAGACAUGGAAAAGGCGCAGUCAAUGUUUGAAGAAGUCAUUUCAAUGCGAAAGAUUGUCUACGGYGAACAUUCCGUGCCUGUUGCAAAAACCAUCAACGCGUAUGCUAUUCUUCUUGCAAAGCAUGGACGAAUGGAUGCGGCCCUGCAAAAUUAUGAAUCCGCGAAGUUAACGUACAUGGCCGUACCAACUCCAUUGAUUCGUGAUCCUGAAUUCGAAAUCAAAUGGAACUACGACGUGACACUCAUCAAUCUCAAUAUUGCCUCGAUUCGUUCCAAGAAGGGCGACCUUAGAGAGGCUAUAUCGUGUUACGAGGAAGGCGUUGCCGGACUUCGACAAUACGAAACUGCUUUGGCAGAACUACAGCGKGAUCCUCUUCGACCACCGGAGACGGGCAAAAAUACCGCUCACAAGCAUCUCGUCGCUGCCCUGGGUCGAAUUGGGUCUCUCAAGCUGAARAUUGGUGACAGCAACGGGGCAUUGCGUGCUUACACCAGUCUUCUGGAGGAAGUUAAGGCCGACAGUCCCUCUGCUUCGCAAACCGAAAAGGCCAAGGCUCAUAUCAAAUGUGCUACAAUUUACCGUCAAAAGGAUGCCCCCAAUUCCCACGAGUUGUCCGUGUCCCAUCUGCAACACGCUCUUGACAUGUACAAAGCUAUUUUYGGACCAGACCACAAAGAUACYGCGGCUAUAUCGUCUUCACUGCGACAAUGGCUUGCCGAGGAUCAGUAGUUGUAUUUGUCACAUGGAGCUGUUAAUAUAUACUAAUAUUGAUU